AGCCUUCACUUGGAUCGGCUCACUCGUGUAUAGCAAAGCUCGUGUUACAAGUUUGGGUUACCAGUCGUUGGAUCUGACUUAAAGACUUGCAUGUUCAUGCCCAAGCACCAGCUCUAUCGAAUGUGUUGCUGUCAACAUUGAAUGGCACUAAUGAGUACCUGUCGCUGCCAUAGGGGAAGACUGAAAACUGACUGUCGUACCUCACAACAACGACUGGAACAGCUUUCAACUUAAAUCAGGAUCUGUUCACCCGUACUGUCAACAUUGAAGCGUACUACUGAGUGCCUGUCGCUGCCAUGGGAGAAGACUGAAAACUGACUGUCGUAUCUCACAACAACGACUGGAACAGCUUUCAAUUUUACUCAGAAACUGUUGUAAAAUACGCUUUUCUUGUGGCCUGUUGUUUUGUUUCUCUGAUACAGCUUGGAACGUCCAAACAAAGACGGAAUGCCGAAGGUGCGUUUGGAUGUAAAACAAGAUGGCGGCUGGGGGUGGGUGGUUGUGGCAGGCGCUUUUUUCAUCCAUGCCGGAAUGCAGGGGUUAACUUAUGCGUUUGGAGUAUUCUUCGCAGAAUUCCGGGAGGUUUUCCAGGAGAGUGCAGGGGUAACGUCCUUCAUCAGCUCUAUCCUAUUGGGAACUUCGUUGAUAUGCUCUCCCAUCGCUGGCGCUCUGAGCAACCUGACCAGCUGCCGUACUGCGAUCAUCGCAGGGGGCGUCAUUUCCGCAGCCGGACUUGUCGUCAGCUACUUCGCACAGACGAUGAUACACCUGUUCUUUAGCGUGGGGAUCGUCACAGGAUUCGGUAUAUCUCUGAUGUACGCCCCAAGCCUUGCUAUGGUUGGGCGCUACUUCGACAGACGACACGGCACAGCCAAUGGGAUCGUAGUUUGCGGAACUGGGGUCGGUCAAUUCGCCCUUCCUCCACUCUUCCAGUUCCUCAUUGAUGAGUUUGGGUGGAGAGGAGCUCUCCUAAUUGUCGCGGGUCUAAUGUUGAAUGGCUGUGUUUGUGGUGCCCUGAUGAGACCAAUACACCUCGCAGAAGAUGGUACCAACGAACAAGUCGACAGAGAAGCACAGAGUAGUGGAAAUACAGAACUGCCGUUCCAUCAGAGGGCUUGUGAAACGUUUCAUUUUUCUUUACUAAAGCAUCGUCCUUUUCUUGUUUACAGUGUAUCGAUGUUUGGGAUGGUUCUGGGUAUUUCCGUGGUUUUUGUACACCUUGUAGCCCACGCUCAAAAUCUAGGAGUGGAGAAAACCUCCUCUGUCUUUUUGUUAUCUAUCAUGGGAGUCACAGAGAUCAUCUCUAGACCGUUAAACGGUUGGUUAUCAGACAGAGGAAAGAUUAGCAAGGUUUACUAUUACAUGAUUGGUGUUACCGGAAUGGCAGUAGCCAACCUUGCCAUACCGUUCGCAAGUAACUACGCGGGUCUUGUAGUGUGCAUGGUUUUGUACGGAAUUUUCUCGGGUGUUGCUGCCCCGUUGAUAGCUGUGUUGGUGUGUAGAUAUAGCGGAGCUUCCCGGAUUUCCAGCGGACUUGGGUGGGCCUUUGUCUUCCAGGGCGCCGCUUUUCUGCUGGGAGCACCCGUUGCAGGUUGGCUGUACGAUGCAACUGGUAACUACGACAUGUCUUUCUUCGCGGCCGCCAUCUUUAUGUUCGUGUCAGUGCUCGUGCUCCUCCUCAACCCGUGUUCAACAACCAGCAGGACACUCGGCCCCGGUACCGGUGGACUCCCGGACCGGCCAGACGGAAUAGAGGUUCUUAGUAAUGUGAAGCGGGAUGUCAAUAGUGAGGACGGAAUAGUGGUUCUUAGUCAUGUGAAACGGGAUGUUAGUAGUGAGGAAGGAAUUGUGGUUCUUAGUCAUGUGAAACGGGAUGUUAGUAGUGAGGAUGGCCAAAGUAACCUUGGUUUUCGGAGGUGAUAUGUAAGACCUUCUGUGCGUAUGAAACUGUG